AUGCCUCCCAGGAAAGCGAAAGCCAGCAUGGCUUGCAAGCUGGAGAAUGUGAAAGCUUUCCUGGAAAAGCAAGAAGAAUUCAAAGCCGAUUGCCAAGAACUGGCUCGAAUUCACAAGGACUCCAACCCUGACGUUGAGUGGAAACCCGAACAUGGUCCUGGACGAAAAGCUAAUCUGCGACGCGAAAAGGCUCGAAUGAAGCUGGUGUUGGAACUGGAGUUCGACGAAGAAACUGGCAGACCCCGGUUCCCGCCCCCAAACACACGACUCUCAGAUGAGUGGGUGUACCUGGCCAUCAAGCACAUGAAGUGCAUUCUUCGCGGGCAGCGAUAUCCUUACGACUUCGACAAGAGGGGUGAUAUUGAUCCAGAUCGCGUGCCUUCAGGGCCAGCGCCUAUAAUUUGGGCACACGGACUGCCUUUCUUCCCGGUUUACAAAGGCCAUUACGUUCUCUGUGGUCGUGCUCAUGCAGAGUGCAUUGGCUGGCUAAUCGAGGAGAAGAACAGGGAGGUCAUGAAGCGCAGCCCACACUUCUCAAUUGGGGCAGUCAUUGCACCAAAGUCAGCUGUGGACAGUGAGCACACUAUCGACCGACAAUUGCUCCUGCACCAACCCAUUGGAACUGAAAGAGAUCUUCGUUUCAAGGGAAAAUAUCCAACCCGUGAUGUUGUAUCUGCGAAUCAUCAUGAAUGUGCAGUACUUCCGCGUCUCAACGAGGCCCCUCUAGCUAUGCCUCUGUGGAAGGUACGCGGCUACAACGCUCGCUGUGGACCUCGGCAACCUGGCUGCUGUCCUACUUGCAUGCGCAAAGAAUAUUUCAUGGACCAUGGCCUCACGACCGAUGAAGAGUAUGAUCAUCUCACUCGCGCCUAUCAUAACAUCUACUCGGACGAAGAUGAAGAUUCAGAGGAUGAAACAAGUUCGGACGAAAACGCCAGUGCAGAAGACGAGAACAAUAUCUUCAUUGCUCAGGACAUAGAUCCCCAGGAUGCAGAGAUGAGCGGAAUGGCACCGGUCCCAGAGGUCGCCGAACCAGAGGACACAACAAAUGCAUCCUUGCAAGAUAAGACCCAUUCACAAGACGGCCCGCAAGCCACUGAUGUGGUUCAACUGCUUCCGCACAGCGAGGCUCCAUACAAACUUGCAUCUUACGAUCCCGUUAUGGUUUAUGAAUAUGGAUCAGAGACCGAUGUGCAAGACGACACUGUCUCACAGGAGGACCAAGUCAACUCUGAAUCAUCUGAGUCGGGAAGUAAUUCACAGGCUGCCCAAUCCCUUCUCAACAGCCAAUUCCCCUCCGGACUGACGCCUGACGAUCCUCUCGUGAUAAAUGAAGAUGGACCCCAGAGAGAUACAAAAUACGAUGAUCUGUUCAAUGGUGGAUUCGAAUUCGCCGGUGCUCGUGUCCAUCCAGGAAGAUUGAAUACUGAUAUUGACAUGUCCGACACUGUCAUCACCAGCAGUCCAGUUACCCCCGAGGAAUGGCUACGCCCAAAUAUCAUGGCUGAACUUGCCAAUGGCGAUCUAAUGGAGACAUGGAAUCUAGGACCAACAUUCACGGAUGUUGGAAUUGAAAAACAACCAGACUCGCAGGGAAUCUAA